GUGGAUCCGGUGUGGGUUAAGCCAGUCGGUUAUGAAACCGAAAUUUCUGUUUAUAAUCCAAUUGUCAAGAAAAAAGUGCCACUGAUUCUGAAGAAUUAUAAAACUGCCACUUGGUAUCUUUGUGGUCCCACUGUUUAUGAUUCUGCUCACAUAGGACAUGCUUGUUCCUACAUCCGCUUCGAUAUAAUCCGUCGUAUUUUAUCCAACUUCUUCUCAAUAUCCGUCCUCCCAGUGAUGGGGAUCACAAACAUAGACGACAAGAUAAUCCUGCACUCGCAGGGUUCUUCGAAAUUCUCAUCAUGGCAUCACCUCUCCAAACAUUACGAACAGGAAUUUCUAUCAGAAAUGUCCCAACUAAACGUUCUUCCCCCAUAUCUCUAUUGUCGAGUAACCGACUACAUUCCAGAGAUAAUAAACUUCAUCUCCAACCUCAUUACCAAAGAAUUUGCUUACAAGUCCACCGACAGUUCCAUCUACUUCAACACUUCAAAAUGCCCCUCGUAUGGAAAACUGCGAAAACCAGAUGAAAAUGUAAACACAGCAUCCACAAAACUCUCGCCUUUUGAUUUUGCCCUGUGGAAAGCUGCAAAGACCAACGAGCCCUUUUGGGACAGUCCUUGGGGACCAGGGAGACCAGGAUGGCAUAUAGAGUGCAGUGCAAUGGCAUCAAUCACCCUGGGUGACAACAUCGAUAUUCACAGUGGAGGGAUCGAUCUAAGCUUUCCUCAUCACGAGAACGAAGAAGCGCAAUCUUGUUGCUAUCAUCAGACAUCCCAGUGGGUGAAUUACUGGCUUCACUCAGGUCUCCUCCACCUAGAGGACAACAAAAUGUCCAAAAGCCUCCAGAACACCAUUACAAUCAAGGAAUUGUUGGAGAACUUCACAGCAAAUCAGUUUAGAUUGUUGUGCCUGUGCACUCAUUAUCGAUCGAAUAUUGAUUUCUCUCAUGAGGCCAUGGAGAAGGCAGUGGCUCUUAUGAAAAAAUUUGAAUAUUUUCAGAGUGAC